UUUUCCUGUCCGAAAGAUAUUUGUCGGCUUAGAAAGACAAGAUUAUCAUGGCCUUACGAGAUGUCUCAUGACUUUUUCACUUUGACAACGACGCCUUGAUGUCAGCAACGAUCGCAAAGACAGUCUCAAGCCCCAAAGUCACGACUGGGGCAGCUCUCAAGCUCAGGGGCGGGCAUGACCCCGUCGCUCUGCAAACCGCUUCGCAAGAGCUGGAAGAUCGGGGCUAUACCGUCGUAAAAAAUGUCCUCUCUUUCGAGAAAGCGGCCGAAUACAAAGAGCGCCUCCUACAAUGGCUCGAAGUGAGAUCUUCUCUUCUCGAUGAUCACGUUGUCGGUGGACGACUGACCAUCCGGCAGGACUUUCAGCUGGGCUUCAGAAGGGAUGACCCGGAAACUUGGAAGUGGGAUUACCUCCCCGAAAGCUGGAAGGGCGGGCUAUACACCAAGUAUGGUAUCGGACAUGAACAAUUUGCUUGGGAUCUGAGAACCGAACAAGCUCUGAUUGAUGUCUUUGCUCACAUCUGGGGGACAGACGAGCUUCUCGUUUCAUUUGAUGGGUCGAAUAUCUCCUUACCCAUGCCCGCUUCCGAACGCGCCAAAGUCGAGAAAGAAUACCAACCCUGGCCACACACAGACCAAUCGCUCACGAGGACAUACAAACAUUGUAUCCAAGGUCUCGUCAAUUUGGCCCCGAACGGUCCCGAAGACGGUGGUUUGAUGGUCUUGCACGGAUCUGCAGCUCUGUUCAACGAAUUUGUCAAAGCGCACGAGCACGAUAAGCCAGAAGAAGGCUGGUCCCCCAUAGAUAUCCACCUCCACACCCCCUCCCAGCUGGAGUGGUACCUCUCCAAAGGCUGUUCAUGGCGCAAAAUCGACGCAGGGCCGGGGGAUGUGGUACUCUGGGAUAGUAGGUGUUUGCAUAUGGGUGUUGCGCCGGGGGUGGGGGGUGGUUUGAGGGCUGUGAGCUAUGUUUGUUACAAGCCAGCAAAGUUGAUCACACCCGAGAAACUCGCCUUGAAGCAAGACCUUGCCAAACGCUAUGCUCAGACCUCGCACGACCCCGUAGAAGUUCGCGAAACAACAGCCGGCGUCGGCUGGCGUAUCCGCAAACCCGGAGAACGUAUCGAACCUCUCAUCAAGCCCAUCUUGACGAAAAGGGCUCGGCAAUUGGCUGGUUUGGAAGCUUAUUGA